UUUGCGCUUCAAGUUAUCAAUAUGUUUUGUGUAUUGCGGUGUGUUACAAUGUCGACGAGUGGUAAAAUUUAUAAGCAAUGCAGAAGUUAUGCAAAUAGCUAUAGUGUUCCAGCCUUACCGGAUGAACAAUACAAAAAGGUAGCUGAUUAUUAUGCGGGAAAAUCUGUUCUUCUUACUGGAGCUACUGGAUUUGUAGGAAAGGUACUUUUGGAGAGGCUAUUGUACAACUGUGCUGAUAUUGAAAAUGUAUUUGUAUUAAUUAGACCAAAAAAAGGAUUAAGUGCGCAGAAGCGGUUAGAACAGAUGACAAAUGCACCAAUUUUUACCAAACUCAAGCAAAACAGUCCCACCGCCCUAAAAAAAAUAAUUCCAGUUGCUGGAGAUAUGACUCUUCCCGAAUUGGGAAUCAAUCCUGCCGACCGGGAUACUCUUGUCAAUAAUGUCUCCGUUGUUUUUCACUCAGCAGCCACAGUAAAUUUUGGAGAUUCCUUGGAAAAAAUAAUUGAUAACAACAUACGUGGAACGAUUAAACUCGUAAACCUCAGCAAGACAAUUAGGAACUUGGAGUCUUUUGUAUAUAUUUCGUCGGCUUAUUCGAAUUCGGAUAAGGAAAUAAUCGAUGAAGUAGUUUAUCCAUUAACCAACAAAAUAGAAGAAAUCGAAAAAUUUUGUAAAGAGGGUUCCCAUGAUAAUAUGAAAGCUGUGAAAAAAAUUAUAGGUGAUAAACCAAACCCAUAUGUCUGGUCGAAAUCCUAUUGUGAGACCAUAGUGAAUAAUGAAAGAAAAAACAUGCGAACUCUAAUAGUUAGACCUUCAAUUGUGACUCCUGUUAUAAAAGAGCCUCUACCUGGAUGGACAGAAAGCUGGGUUGCAGCAACUGGGAUAUUUUCAAAUAUUGCCGAAGGUAUAAUGCCUGCAAUAUUUGGCCACCAUCUUGAUAACGUUUGUGAUAUGAUACCAGUCGAUUAUGUUGCCAAUUUCGCAAUUAUAGUAGCAGCAAAAAAUGAGCGGUCCAUAGAAACACCAGUUUAUAAUGUCUGCAGUAGUUCAAGUAAUCCCAUUACAUGGCGAAAUGCGGCAAAAAUGUUCUGCGGGGCAACCGGGACACAGAGUUAUGAUUCUCGUACAAGGGGUCCCCAUAAAGUAACAGAAACAGAUUCAAAGAUACUCUUUCAAACGAUAAUAUUUCUCUUCCAACAUAUGCCUGCCUUGUAUCGUGACAUAGAGCUGCUUUUAAAGGGAAAUAAAACGAGGUACUUGAAGGAAUCAUUGUAUGCCCUUGGACAGCGUGCACACUUACACUCAUUCAAGAAGACAUCAUGGCUGAUAAGAUCUAACAAGACACAAGCCCUUAUUGCUUCUCUCGACGAACAAGAUAAAACUACGUUUCCGUGUAAUGCUGCUGAUAUUAAUUGGGACGAAUAUAUCCCUACGUACAGUGAAGGCGUUAAAAAAUAUCUCAUCAAUAAAAAAUACUACGAAGCAGAUUUACAAAGUAAUACCUACGCGACUCAAUAGGGCUACUGGAAGUCCAAGCCACAAUGACAGUUUUAAUUUCAUGUAAUCAUGUUAAGUAUUGUUAAUAUAGUUAUAAGGAUUGUUUUGUUUUGAAUAAAUAUAUUUUCGUACUAUAUAUAAUCGA